UGAGCUGGUACUGAGAUCAAUGUUUACCUAAAACCCAUAAAGACAUUUUAACAUAAAACGUCAAUUUUAGUCAGGUAAUCUGACGCAAAUGGAUUGAAAUAAUCUUGAUUGACAGGAGAGACACCAUGGACACAGCAACAGAAACGUCAACAAACUCUGCGGUCAUGAGUGUUAGUCGGUCGGCUGUUUCCGGAUCGUUGACUCGGCGGGUUCGUGCAUUUCCGCCGGAGAGCGACUUGUUUCACGCGGCCGCCUGCGGAGCACCUGAGUGGUUGAGUUCGGCUCUGAAGAGUGCGCGCAAACCACUGCACACUGACAAACGCGGUCUCAGUGUGCUUCAUAUAGCAGCUCUACAUGGACAUCUGGACUGUAUGGAGCUGCUGCUGGACGCCGGUGGUCCUGUGGAUGUGAAUAGCAGUUGUCCUCAUGGACGCAGACCUGUACAUAUGGUGCUGAGUGCCCAGAGCCGACCCAACACACACGCCUGCCUCAUUUACCUGCUGGAACAUGGAGCCCAGAUCAAUGUCUCCACAGAUGAAGGACUCACUCCGCUGCAUCUGGCCGCUGCUGAAGGUCUGACUGACUGUACAGAGACACUAGUGAGAAACGGGGCAGACUUACUCACUCAAGACAAGAGGGGUCACACACCCCUCGACCUCUCAAGGAUCUGGGGCCACAGGCUCACUGCAAGGUUUCUGAAAGAUGCCAUGUGGCGAAAAAACAAACAGCAGGGGAUCAAGAAAAGCAAACAGAUACAGGAUCUCAGGCAGAUCCAGUGUUGCAGUGUGCUGGAUCUACCUCACUUGGGUCGCUCCCUAAAACCAAACGCCUCGCCCUGGACUGAGGUGACCAUGCACCUGGCCGAGGAGCUGAAGCCUGGACACUAUUAG